UCUCAGGAGAGAGGAGAAGAGAGAGUAGAGACAGAUAUGGACCACUGACAGGGACUGGGACUGCCCACUCCAGGGACCAUCCGAUGGGAUUAUAACAGUUUUUCCUCCCUCUCCUUACUCUUCCAGCUCACUUUUUUUCCACUAACAAUAAGUCUGCACAGUCUGUUGGUCUUGAAGUAAAUUCUGUUCAGACAGACAGUACUGUACCAAGGCUGUUUGACCUGCGUUUGUAAAGACAGAAAAUAUCUGGAGCCUCUUUUCAAGGAAUUCCGUUUUGUCAGUUGCAGCUCAUUUGGAAGAAUCCAAGCUUGCCGUUUCCUAUUUUGGAAUACAAGGGGAGAAAAAAAACAGAAGACAAGCGUUUAUCUUGGCUUGUCUGCGCUGAGCUGAAAGGAAAACGAUUGGGGAAUUAGUCCCAGAUGAGCGCUGACAGCUGACACCAUCGUCAAUUUCACUUGAUUUGAUUUGGGCCCAUAGCUUCACUGUCUGUGAGAUGUUAACUCGCUCUGUGAUAGGUUUUAACAGACAAGACUCUUUACCUUUUUAGGUGGUACACACACAUUCAUGCAUACACAUACGCACAUAAAUACAUAGCUAAAAAAAUUUUGAUUCUUCUUUUUCCACAAAAACAAAUGGACAUAUCAUCAUAUUCUGGGACCAGACGCUGAACUGCAAAGUGAAUGCCCAGCUUGAUGCACUUUGAACAGCUCAUUUUGCACUGAUUUGCAAGUGAUGAGCAUUUUUUUAAUCAAAUUAUUGAUGCUUUUUUUUUAAAUCUCAGAAAUACAGAGGGGACUCAUCAGGCCUGACGUUGGUUUGCACACCAGUGACUGAUUGUUGGCUUUAAAUUCUUUUCUGUCCUGAUGUUUCUAAUAAGUGCAACUUUGCUGUUUUGCUGUUUUGCUCUUUUGCAUUUUGACAACUCUGUUUUGUUUUUGUGGCUACUGGAUCUGUUUUACCUGCAUGUUUUAUUUACAAGGGAACUGUCUCGCUUUACCGUAACGUAAAACCACAACAAACGGAAUCGGACAGCUGCAUUUUAAAUUUGUGACAGCAUGGGAGUUUGGGUCACGUCAGAGAAGUUACAUUCCAUUUUUGUUUAUCCUUUGCCACCAAACGCUGUUAUUUUGACAUUUUUUUGAAUUCAACGCUCUGUCUGAACCAACCAGUGCAAUGAUGAACAAAGACUCUCGCUUUUCAAGGAAGAUGCAUGGCAGCUUCUCCACACGCAGGCACUCAUGCAUUGGUUUUGAUGUGGAGAAUGGCUUGUCAGUGGGGCGCAGCCCCUUGGACCCACAGGCCAGCCCUGGCUCUGGUCUGGUCAUACAGGCCAACUUUCCCCACAGCCAGCGGCGUGAGUCCUUUCUCUACCGCUCUGACUCAGACUUUGACCUGUCGCCCAAGGUUCCGUCCAGAAACUCCUCCACUGCCAGUGACCUGGAAGAAAGCUUGAAGCACUGGGAAGUCAACUGGUUGUCAUCUCGACACACAGAAGACAUGAUUGUAACACCAUUUGCACAGGUCCUUGCCAGCCUUAGGACUGUCCGUAGUAACUUUGCAGUGAUAACCGGCCAGCAGGAUCGCACAGCCAGCAAGACACGCUCCUCGGGCAGCAACCCACCAUCCAUGUGCAAGACCAGCCUUGCAGAGGAGCCUCACCAGCAGCUGGCCAUCGAGACACUGGAUGAGCUCGACUGGUGUCUGGAUCAACUAGAGACUCUCAAAACGCGACACUCUGUCAGCGAGAUGGCUUCCAACAAGUUCAAGAGGAUGCUGAACCGAGAGCUCACUCAGCUGUCAGAAACCAGCCGUUCAGGGAACCAGGUGUCUGAGUUCAUUUCCAGCACCUUUCUAGAGAAGCAACAUGAUAUGGACAUCAUGUCUCCCCCCACCAAGGAGAAGGACAAGAAGAAGUUGCCCAUGUCUCAGAUCAGUGGUGUGAAGAAGGCCACCCACAGUCCCAGCCUCGCCCCCUCCACCAUCCCUCGCUUCGGGGUCAGCUCCAGCCAGGAAGGACUGCUAGCCAAGGAGUUGGAGGAUAUAAACAGAUGGGGCAUUGAUAUUUUCAAAGUGUCUGAGUACUCUGGGAACCGACCACUAACGGUGACCAUGUACACCAUCUUCCAGGAACGUGACCUGCUAAAGUCAUUCAAGAUCCCAGCAGAUACUUUCAUUACCUUCAUGAUGACAUUGGAGGACCAUUACCAUGCUGACGUGGCCUACCACAACAACAUCCAUGCUGCAGACGUGGUCCAGUCUACACAUGUUUUAUUGUCCACGCCUGCACUGGAGGCUGUGUUUACUGAUCUGGAGAUCCUGGCCGCUCUGUUCGCCAGCGCCAUCCAUGAUGUUGAUCACCCUGGAGUUUCCAAUCAGUUUCUCAUCAACACCAACUCGGAGCUGGCCUUGAUGUACAAUGACUCGUCAGUGUUGGAAAAUCACCACCUGGCUGUCGGCUUCAAGCUGUUGCAGGAGGAAAACUGUGACAUCUUCCAGAACCUCAGCAAGAAACAGAGACAGUCACUACGCAAGAUGGUCAUCGACAUGGUGCUGGCCACAGAUAUGUCUAAACACAUGAACUUGCUGGCAGACCUGAAGACCAUGGUGGAGACCAAGAAAGUCACCAGUCUAGGAGUGCUGCUGCUAGACAACUAUUCAGACCGCAUACAGGUCCUUCAGAAUAUGGUCCACUGUGCAGACCUGAGCAACCCCACCAAGCCCCUGGAGCUGUACCGGCAGUGGACUGACCGCAUCAUGGUGGAGUUCUUCACCCAGGGCGACAGAGAGAGGGACAAGGGCAUGGAGAUCAGCCCCAUGUGUGACAAGCACAAUGCUUCCAUAGAGAAGAACCAGGUGGGUUUCAUUGAUUACAUUGUUCACCCUCUCUGGGAGACAUGGGCCGACCUUGUCCACCCUGAUGCUCAAGACAUCCUGGACACCCUGGAGGACAACAGAGAGUGGUACCAGAGCAUGAUCCCCCACAGCCCCACAGCUUCACCCAACCCAGAAGGCCAGGACGAGGCAGACUUUCAUGGUGGAGCCUCAGCACUCGCAGGAGGCGGAGGAGGUGUUAGCUCCAUGUCCGGCGACAAGUUCCAGUUUGAGCUGACCUUGGAAGAGGAGGGAGAGUCUGACACAGAGAGCCCACCUGAAGAGGAGGAAGGCCAUUGUGGAAGCAGGACGGCUGAACACUCAAGAAACGAUUCUGUCUGCAGACUUGAUCCUGGGUCUGCUGCUACUCGUCCGCUUCCCAAAAUGGCCACUGCUGGCGCAGGCAGGACGUUUUCCUCAGACUCUGAUAAAGAUGUGGCAGAGGACAGAGAAACAGACCAGGAAGGAAUUACCGGGGUACCAUGCUUCAGACUAGGGACAUAACACCAGUCAGAAGCGGGUUGUUUUUCUUUUGGACUUUUUUGUUUGUUUGUUUUUCAUUUCGGUGCCUCAUUUUCCCUCACUCCCUCCAAACCAACACCACUACCACCUCUGGUUUCCAUGGACAGGGCGACAACACAAAGCAGGGGAGUGCAAGUUUGGGGGCAGUGGGGGAAGGUGUUAAGGAAGUGCUUAGUUGUACACGGCAGUCACUUGCACUGGAGAGAGAGACAGAUAGACUGAGUCACUGGUCCCUGAGCUCCAGUAGAGGAGAACAGGAAACCAACUUUCUGGCUGGUCUUUUGUGUUCUUUGUCUUUGAGUCAAACAUACGUCACUGUGGGCACAGUAUUUGUUCUUCAAAGACAAUGAGACAUUUAAAAAAAAAAAAACUUCCUAUUUUUUCCAGUCAACUCAAGGUCUACUACAACAAAUGAGAGAAUUGUCUUCCUCUUUUGGACUACUUGUAACUUUUGUGAGGAAAGUGAGGAAGUGAUGAAUGAACGUAACAACAAAACAAAGUCUUGUAAGACUUCAAUUGCCAAAUGUUGCAAUAUACAGGGACUAUGCUGUUUUACCUGCAUUUUUAGUUACUUUGUUUGUUUGUUUGUUUUGUUUGUUUAUGUUGUUAUCUUUAAUUUAGGUCCAAACAUAGUAAAUAGUGAAUCAUGGUAAAUAGGAUACUUUAAAAUGGUAUAAACAAAGUAACAUAAAGACAGAAAAGAGCAGAAAUGACCUGUGUGAUUUUAUGCAGAAAACUUGAAAUGUAGCAGACAUUUUCAGAGAGUCUAUUGUUACUGAUGUAUACUUUGCAAUCCUUUCAAAUGGUGUUGCACGGGCAAUUAAAUUGUGCCCAACAGGCAGUAGUUUCAGAUCAAGAAUAAGACUAUAAUGCACUGCAACUUAAUUGCUGGCAGUACAUAUUAUUUUAAAGCUCUUAAUUGGUUCAGGGUUUUUUCCAUCUUAAUAAUCCACACCAUAACUAGCAGCAAACUGAGCUGGGGGUUAGUAUAGCCAGGGUCAAAUAAUUACAUCCACAGCAGCAUAGGAUGUGCACUUGGUGCCUCCUAGUGUUGAGUAGUGGAACUGAUGUUCUGGAGCAGUGGACAAAAGGAUUUCUAUUGUUUUUGCAUAUAUGGAGAAUUCAGUACAGAAAACUGCCCAGAAUAUCAGUUAUGUUUCAGUUUGGCUGCGCCUUUGUUUGUUUGUUUUUUUGUGUGUGUGUGUUUUUUGUGUUUUUUUUUUUUUUUUUAUCCAAACUCAUUUGUGCAUUCUUGAUAUUUUUGGCACCCGUUUUAUCAGUUUGCCUUCAAGUUUAGCACUUUAGAGUUUUGCUCAUAGCCGAACGCCAACCUGCUUUUAAGGGCUUGAGACAAAACAUGAACACAUUGGAGGCUGUUGACUGAGAAAAAAAAUUGUCAUUGGCUGUAAGGCACCCAGCACAGACAUGUCAACUGUGUGUUUGGAAUAACUUGAGGGAUAUUAGACACUAAGUGCUAUAGUACAACUAUAAAUGAUGCACAAUAUACUAUCCGUUGAAAUCCACUAUUGUUACUAUAUACUGUAAUAUGUCAUACAUGGCACUUACUCAAGUAUGAUUAUUUGUAACAUACACUUAUGAAUUACUGGAUUGAUAAGCAACAGUAUAUUGGUAAUAUUUCAUAAAUAAGAUGUUGGUAAAAAAAAAAAAAAAAAAAAUUACUUGAGGGUUGCAAGAAGGGUUGUGAUAUUGUGGGCUGUGUGCCCAAACCAGGAGGUUACCAAGAGACAGUUUCAUGUGCCAGGUUUUUUUUUUUCACCUUUUUUCUCUCUCUGUCAUUGAUCAAUAUUUUGCUCUUCACAGGGACAAAGCCAAUGACAAAACAAGUGCCAAGCAAGCAUGACACAACCCGUACUGUAAUUUCCAUUUUGCCACUGGCUACUUUCCAUCAGUGACUGAUAAAGUUGGUUGAUUGUAGCACCCUGCGUGCCAAUCUGACCCAUAGUGUCUCUUUCUUUUUUCUUUUUUUUUCUAACUCCUCCCCAAACAAUAACUGAAAACUGAAAAUGUCUUAAAACAGUGAAUUUUGUUUGUAUGAGUGAAUGACUGAGUUGACUUUUUUGAUGUAUUUGCUAAGAAAAACCAAAGCACUUUGUAUGGUACUUUUACAGUUCUGCACUUCCAGUACAGUUGAACAUGUGCAAUGUGACUGUUUCACUGUAAUCUGUCUUUCUGUUUGCAUAUGGCCUGAUGACUAUGGUUCAUGUAAAGUGCACGGGCUGGACCACUGCAGCUCUUAAAGGGGAUGUUGGAGGGAUUGAAGCUUUUUUUUGUAACUGACUGUACAAAAAAUAUGUUUUGGUGAAAUGCAUGACAUUGGCUGUAAAAUCCAAACAGUGUGAAGGGUGUAUAGAGUACUUACAAAACUUGGUCUGUGGACAAACAUGUUUUAUUUUAUUACCAUGAAGUACAGUAAAUCAUGUUAUAAUGUGUGAAAGACCUGGAUUUUAUAUUCAAACCUAGGGUAUUCUUUGGUCAUAGAUGUGUUUAUUGACAUGCUGGGAAAGAUUAGUGCCACCUCUUUGUAGCCAUAAAGAGCACCAGACCAACACUCAAGGAUGCCUUCUGCUCACCACACUAUGGGCUAUGUUAACAACAGCUUUAGCUUUACCAGCACAACACACAAAGGCUCAGUCUUUCUCUCUGCCUGUCACUUAUUGUUUUAUUUUGUAUAUUUUCCUCACAUUGCUUCAUGUACAGUUUAUUUAUUAUUUCUGUAUUAUCUGUCAGAAACAAUGGACUUUUUUGGUCAGAGGCUUAGUACUUAAAUGUAGCUAGCAAUGUGAGAAAGUAAAAUGGGACAGAUUUCAACUAUUACUCUACUUUUAUUUGUGCGCAAAUUACAUGAUACAUAGAGACAAAAAUACUCAGACUUUCAGGUUUUUCUAGGUAUAAGAAUAGUUGAGUGUCAGAUUUUCCUUUGGGUUUUCUGAAACAUUUGUCUUUUCUUGUCUUCCUCUUUGUCCCCUGAUCUGGUCAGAUCUCAUGUUCAUGAAGGAUCUUUCAGUAUUAGAGCGCUGAUCUGCAGCCCAUUUGACUCAUAAGCGAUAGUUUAUUAUAGUCGUAUGGGCUGAGGAGUUGUCCUAAAUCAGUAUUUCUCUUCUGAGACUCUUUAUGAAUAUGAGCCAAGAAUUUUAUUAAUGCAGCCUCGACAAUCCAAACACUGCAGUUUAACUACGGGUGUGUUUGCUCUCUCUGUCUGACUAGAAUUGUAUGCCUGACUUUCCACCUUGCCAAUAAAGAAAAAACUCUUCAUGCUUUCGA